AUGGAGGUUUCCUCUGUUUUUGUUACUCCUAAGAGAAAAUACAGCAGAAACUCAUCCUGUAGCUCAACUGAAGCGUCACCUGAAGAAAAACGAGCUAAAGAGGCCUCAUCUCCGGACGUGACACUUUCAAGCGACGCCGAGAAAACAAUGGCCGCCAAAACUCCUGUGGAAGGCGUCGAGGGAAAACUAGACCUUAUAAUCGCAAGACUGGAUAGCAUGGAUUUAAAGAUGGAAGAUAUAAGCUUAACUGUUAAAAAGCUGCAAAGCAAGAUUACUUCCGUGGAAGUAGAUGUCAUAUCAGUCAAAGAUAAACAGGAAAAGCUCGAAGGAAAAUUUACACAUAUGGAAACCAACUCCCAAUUUGUCGACAGCGAACUCGACCGACUUCAAUCAACUCUCGACGAGCGUAAGAAGGAACUAAGUGAAUGCCGAAAGAAAAUCCUGUAUUUAGAGGCCUAUAGCCGACGCGAAAAUCUAAAAUUCGAAGGAAUUCCAGAAGUUUCCCAAAACGCUGAAGAAGGGAAAACUGCAAACGAAGAUACCAAAGGCGUUCUUGUGAACUUUAUAAAAAAUACGCUUGGAGUUGAGAACGCCGAGCAUAUUGAAUUCCAGAGGGUCCACAGGCUAGGCAAGCCAAAAGAUGAUACUGGUAACGACGGCCGCACGAUUAUCGCUCGG